AUCAACUUCUCUACCCAUCUCUUCCUCUUUUCCCCAAGCUCUUAAAACUCCAAAUCAGCAACCCUUUUAGUCUUUGACUUCCCACUUUGUUGCAAUAUGCGUACUGCGUUGAGCGCACUCGCGGUGCUUCUCACCCUGGCUAGCUCUGCCAGGGCGGCCCCUGUCGCAGCUCCAUCCGAAGUUGAGGAGCGUGAUGCCUCUGCCGUGCUGAACACGCGGUUCAUUACUUAUGAGGAUGGCAUCAAUAAGAGAGAUGAGGUUGAGGAACGUGAUCCCACGGCGGUGCUUAACUCACGGUUCAUAACCUAUGAGGACGCCAUCAACAAGAGAGAUGACGUCGAGGAACGUGACGCUUCCGCUGUGCUGAACACCCGGUUCAUCACCUACGAAGACGCCAUCAGCAAAAGAGAUGAAGUGGAAGAGCGUGAUCCCUCUGCUGUGCUGAACAGUCGGUUCAUUACGUACGAGGAUACUGCUUAAGCGAGGUAGUAAGCAGGCUUCGCCAUCUGGGCUGCAGACACGCAAGCUAAAGCCACUGGUUUGCGCCAUAAAGAGGGGUUGCUGUGGAACUUGGCUAGUGUGCGGGGGAAACUGAAUCGGUCGAUAGUACUUUUAGUUCAGGG